AUGCCUGUAGAGAAGAUAACUCUAACACAUCGAUUUGGUAUCAUUUCAUCGACAUAUAAAGCAAAACUAGCCAAAAAUUUACAAGAAAAAGGAGAAGAUACCGAUCGAUCGGCCUCUUCCAAUACUAGCGAUGGACACAAAAAGCAUUUGUUACUUGAAGUCACUGAAGAAUUUGUACAGGAUUAUAACCGAGCUACGCCUGGCGAACGAAUAAAAAAGAAUGACACUAUCUAUCGUAUGUUACAGCGAUUGAAAAGAAAAUCUGCACAAUAUCAAUCGCACACGAACGGAUCAAUGCAGUUACAAAUGGCUUGGGCUGAGUUAUGUUUAUUAUCUCAAUGUAAAUCAAAAUAUCAAGAAGAAUGCUUAACAACACUUUAUCGAGCUUUAAUCUACAGUCCAUUGGAUGCUACUCAAAUCCCAACAUUAUUUUUUCUUUCGGAAACGAUACUCUAUUGGGUAAAGAAUGAUGCCGUACUGGAACCAUUUCUCACAUCGACGGAAUUGAAACUAUUGAAAAUUGCGCAGAUCAUCUUUCAACUAUUGUAUUUUCAUUACUUAGAAGGCUCAACUGAACCGUACGAAGAAUUCAAAGUGCGUCUUUACUCGUACUUGGAUGGUGAAUAUCCUUUUAGCUUCUUCCGUUCAAAACUAUGUUCAAAUUUAGGCUUAGACGAAUGUGAAUCGGCUUAUUCGUCGUAUCCCAAUGCUGUGUGGUGUAUUCGGUACAUUGAAUCGGUUGGUUCGGUUGUUGUUGCAAGUGUUGGAAGACAUCCGAUGAGUUCUCGAUGUAAUGUUUCAUCCGUCGCAAGUUUUCCUAUUCCAGAAAUUCCACCUGAAGACUCAGAGAAGACAAAUAAAUCAGAAUUACGCGCUCAAGUACAAGAACUAUCGCCAACCAUAUGGUAUUCAGUUGAACUUUGGUCGUUUGUGAAGAAACAUUCGACGACGAAUCUAUCAGAAUCGCUAAAUCAGUAUUUUAAUGAUGUAAUUCUUGCAUUAGUCCGCUGUCGAUAUAAACUGCUUGAAGAAAAUUGGAUUGACAUCGUCAUAACCUUUCAAAUUCUGGCUGACUUGGCCAAAACAAAUGUUGAUGCGUUAGAAACCAUUCAACUACUAGCCCAAUCUGAACCGACCACUCAACUGAUGUCUCACGGUUGGCGUUCAUGGUCUUGGCAGUUGAUUGUUCUUCUAUGCGAAUGUCUGACAUCGAUCGGUAUUGGUUCAGAUCAAGCAGUCAUCAAACGAACUAUUCUAUUCGGGAAUGAAACAUCAUCCGACACGAUUCUUGCAUAUGCAAGAAACACUGAUGAGCAGAGCAUGCGAUCAAACCAUACGAAUGAUAACGUCUGUCUGAUGCAUAUGUUCAGUUAUCGUGCGACUGAUAACGAUGAUCUCUCAUGGCGUAUUCGAUACAUGGCGCUUUUAUGUAUGUCUCAACUGUACAAGCAUUUACAGACCGAGCGUCGUCAUAAAACUCUAAGUAAUUUACUUUGGAUGUUCAUACAUGAAUAUGAGCAAUACGAAUGUGAUAAUCGAAUACUUGAAGCAUUAAAAGUUGGACGAUUUGAUGAUGAUAUAAUACAAUCGGUGAAAUACGACUUGACGGAGAGUCAAUCCGGUACGAUUUAUACGAGUAUAGCUCAACGUUUUGCAAAUGGCAUAUUGCCACGUGCGACGCCAUCAGAUUUGCAAACACCACAACCGAAAACGCAAACGAAUAAAUUUACAAAAGCAAGCCAAAAUGCAUCUUCACCGCAAAACACACCUCGAAUCGAUCAGAAUCUACUUCCGACAUCAGCUGCAAGACUCGAGAAAAAACCCAUCCUAGUCAAACAGAUUAUCAAAGAUAACAUCAACGAUGUGUUUAAACGAAAAGGACAAGUGUUUCAAAGUAUCGUUAUCGAUCAAUAUCGUAAGCAACUUGAAGAGAACAAAGAAGAAACAGCCGAUGUGAUCGAACAGUUAGAUUCAAUGAUUGAUAAAGCAAAGAAAACAACGACACUGAAUGAAAAUUUACUCUCAAGCAUAUUGGCACCAUCGAAUAAGAAGUUCAUAUGUGACCCACUUCAAGAACGGCGAGCAUUAAACGAAUCGAUGGGUCAAUCAUUGAUAACCGAUGAAUGA